AUGAAACUCUCAAAAACGGUAUUUCUGAUCAUUGCAUUGUCAUUUGCUUGUUGGGUUCCAGCUAUAUUUUUGUACGUCAUCCGUGACGUCUUUUGCAAAGAAUGCAUUCCAGCCGAAGUCGUUUGUGUGGGAAAUGUUUUGCAUUUUGCAAACUCUCUAAUAAAUCCUAUCGCAUAUACUUGUAGACUGUCAAUUUUUAGGAAAACGCUGAACGGACUCGUUCAAAGGCGACAAUUUCGUGUAGAAAUAACAAAGCUUUGAAAUAAAAUGUCCCCUGUUUUGUAAAUUAUGGCAAAUAAUAUCCCACGUUUUGUCCUGACGUCACGCAUGUGCUAAUGGUGUCACCUGAGUAUACGUAGUAGCCUCUUUCAUUAUGGAAAUCAUCCCUCUUCAGGUGUCCUGUAAAGCCAUGAUUGGGCACUAUAAGUUGUUUAGAGCGUUUUCUCUCACACGGCCAUUAGAUUAAUUGAAAGAAAAUAAAGCUUUUAUGUAAGAAAAAGAUUCAUCUCCCACAGAAUUGGCUUGGGACACCAACAUGGCUACCUUUUUAUUAAGCAAUUAGUAUUUCGGUAUCCAAAAGUGGCAGAAAUGACGUCAUGUGAAAAUGCUCUAUUGGCCAUUUUUAGUAUGCGAGGGAGACUGGAUCCGUGUCGCCUUUUCUCGCGUGGGGUGAUUUUCACGCGCCCUCGCGUUUCGCUCGCUCUACUAUCCCUGAGGAAAAAUGGGGGACUACUCGUAGUCUAGACGUGCAGCGUCUUGAUGAACGUCGAGGUGUUCCUUCUNGUCAUUUGCUUGUUGGGUUCCAGCUAUAUUUUUGUACGUCAUCCGUGACGUCUUUUGCAAAGAAUGCAUUCCAGCCGAAGUCGUUUGUGUGGGAAAUGUUUUGCAUUUUGCAAACUCUCUAAUAAAUCCUAUCGCAUAUACUUGUAGACUGUCAAUUUUUAGGAAAACGCUGAACGGACUCGUUCAAAGGCGACAAUUUCGUGUAGAAAUAACAAAGCUUUGAAAUAAAAUGUCCCCUGUUUUGUAAAUUAUGGCAAAUAAUAUCCCACGUUUUGUCCUGACGUCACGCAUGUGCUAAUGGUGUCACCUGAGUAUACGUAGUAGCCUCUUUCAUUAUGGAAAUCAUCCCUCUUCAGGUGUCCUGUAAAGCCAUGAUUGGGCACUAUAAGUUGUUUAGAGCGUUUUCUCUCACACGGCCAUUAGAUUAAUUGAAAGAAAAUAAAGCUUUUAUGUAAGAAAAAGAUUCAUCUCCCACAGAAUUGGCUUGGGACACCAACAUGGCUACCUUUUUAUUAAGCAAUUAGUAUUUCGGUAUCCAAAAGUGGCAGAAAUGACGUCAUGUGAAAAUGCUCUAUUGGCCAUUUUUAGUAUGCGAGGGAGACUGGAUCCGUGUCGCCUUUUCUCGCGUGGGGUGAUUUUCACGCGCCCUCGCGUUUCGCUCGCUCUACUAUCCCUGAGGAAAAAUGGGGGACUACUCGUAGUCUAGACGUGCAGCGUCUUGAUGAACGUCGAGGUGUUCCUUCUGGAGAUGAAAAACUGUGUCAAAUGCUUGAUAUUACUUCUCAAACAAAAUGAUUUUACCAGGAGAAAUAAAGGAUGCAAAAAUGAGCAGUUUUACAUCUGAUUUCCAAACACUCAUUAAACAUUAAUUUCCUUCGUAUUUUUUUAUGAAUUGUUGAUAAGUUUGAGAAAUACAAAUGAAGAAUUUCAAUGAUGAACUGUCCUUAUGUACAAAUAAAGAACUUCAAUUUCUUUUUUGAUGUAGGGCAGAGAGGCUGGAGUCGUAUUCGUGUGGUCUCUGAUGUUGACGAAAAGUGGAACGAGUGGAAAACAAACAUGCGCCUGUAAAAAAGAAAAGAAGUUGGCAGAAAAACGUCCUCUUGGAUUACGUAAAAUGAAAAAUUGUACUUUGUAAUUCACAAAUAACAAGUUUAAAUGAUGAACGUGGUGCCGUGACGCUCCUUCGAACAAAUAAGGGUCAGCGAUUGAAGAGGAACACUUUAUUUUCACCUACUAAUACAAUAAAUACAAUACUAAAAAAAUAAUUUCUAUGAAUAAGUAUUCCCGAGAAUGUGAUCUUAAUUGUAAAAGAGAUUGAGGGUGCCUAGGGACUUAAAGCUUUAAACUCCCUUUUUAAUAUAUUUGAUUGAAAUAUAUUGUGUUUUGCUUAAUUUGGUGUGAAAUUUACAUAUGUAUUGAAAAUUUCACUGUUUUUAAGAAAAAGUAUUAAGGAAAAAUAUUGCUUGUUGUGUUAAAACCUGAUGUGGUCUUUAGAAUAUUAGUAUAUUGUGAUAAUGCAAACUUAAUUAAGUUUACCGUUACUUAUUUAUACUUUCUGAUUGCAUUUAUUUUUUUUUUAGCUGCCCAUAGUAAAUAAGUGAAGAUGAGAUUAAUUGAAAGUUGGCUUAAGACUGGCAGAUGUUUUGCGAAAUAUAAUAAUCAUAUCUUAAAGGAGGGUACCAAGUUAGGUGUUUUGGGUGUAUGGGUUGCUCAAGUCUCUUAACCUAUUCUCCUAUUGCAGACCUGUUUUGGAAGAGUUUUACAUUAAAAAUUAUAGCCUGUCAUUGAUUUCCCUACUAGUCAUGUAAAACUCCCAAUAUUACAACGCAUAUUAAGUACACGGUCGACAUCGAAUAUAGAAAAACCUGUUGUAAAACAGCACCUCUAAAACCCCGACCACGUCGGGCGGCACAUACCCACAAAGCUAUCCUAAGGAGAUGAGUCCUCCCCGCCCCCCGACCUGCUCUUCCGGAACCCUUGAAGUCACUUCAUAACCAAACCACACGCCUUCUUUUUGAUUAACAGGCCAGUUGCUCUGUUAUUGCGCUUGUCGUUCAACAGAAGGAAGAAGCAAUGUACACGAACACUGUCAUCGCCUUCUCUGUGAUAAUAAGUAUUGAAGCACUCAUCAUAUGUGUUGGAAAUGCUUUCAUAAUUUUUGUAUUUUGGACGCAGUUCACGGGAAGUAGAAGACGAGCCAGCUAUCUUCUGAUCAAUCUAGCGGUUGCCGAUUUUUUAAUAGGAGUCACAAAGGUUCCAGCGUUUAUGACAAACUCCAUUCCCUCUCUGAUGCGAAAAGAGAGAUCAGAACUUGGAGGCUAUAUUGCAGCAUUUGUCAUCCUGUUUUCAACAGCUUCAGUAGUUUCUCUUGCUGCUGUUUCAGUGGAACGCACUGCAGCCGUCUUGUGGCCACUUGCUCACCGAACUUCAGGUGACAGAGUGUAUGUCUAUUGUAUUGUCUUUAUCUGGAUGACUGCGAUGAGUAUGUUCCUCAUUUAUAUUCUACCUUUCUUCAACGUGUGGCCCUUUGAAUAUGCGGUUAUAGCACUGAACAUCGUUCUUGUACUAUCCAUUCUUACUACUUGUCUUACGUACAUCAUUAUACGCGCCCAUUUGAAACGUUCACCCCAAAUAUUUAACAGUGACGAAAGAAAAAACGUGGAAAGAAACGUAAAACUCUCAAAAACGGUAUUUCUGGUCAUCGCAUUGUCAUUUGCUUGUUGGGUUCCAGCUGUCAUUUUUUACAUCAUCGAUGACGUCUUUUGCAAAGAAUGUAUUCCCGCCGAAGUCGUUUUGGUGGGAACUGUUUUGCAUUUCGCAAACUCUCUUGUUAAUCCUAUCGCAUAUACUUGCAGGCUGUCAGUUUUUAAGAAAACGCUG